AUGAAGGCUGAACACAACACAUUUGGAAUUGGUCAGUUUGAGGAUGAUAGCGAUGAUGAAGAUGAUGAUGAUGAUGAUGAUGAUGAUUCGGAUGAUGAUGAUGAUGAUGAUGAUUCGGAUGAUGACGAUGAUGAUGAUCAUAACUUUAAAGAGAGAGUUCAAGGCGAUGGUGGUAAUGAGGUUGUUGUUGACAAUGAUGAUGACUCGGAUGAUGACGAUGGAGAUGAUGAUGAUGAUGAUGAUGAUGAUGAUGAUGAUGAUGUUAUUCAUGCUGCUGCCGCAGAUUAUGGUUAA